UGUGGUAGGGAGAGCGAAGGUGGACCAGGGCCGCGGCCUGGUCAGCUGGAAGAGGGAAGAUGUAUCAAAGGUAUAAGAAUACCACUACCCGUCACCGGUCCCGUUUUAAAUAGCUUUGCAGCCCCCUAGCGGAAUUACAGUUUUUGUUUAGUCUUUACAUUUGGUGUAUUCUCUUUUAUCACAUUAAAGCCCCGGGAAUCCGACUGCCCUUAACAAGUUAGAAAAAUAAAAUUAUUUUAAUUAAAAAAAGAAAAAAAAAAAAAGAUACUACACUUGGGAAAAUGUUCUCAGGGGUGGGAGGAACCAAGUUCGGCCUAGGACGUCCCACACCCCCUAACUCUCCUAGGGUGGUAACGUCAUCUGGGCGGUGGGCGGGGCCACGUGCGGGGCGUCUCGGCCAAUCGCCACCUAGGACGGUUCUGGAAGUGUGGCCGGAACUUCCGGAUCUUAUCGAUUCCUUUUGGUUUCUCCUCCUUCUGUCCUUAGUGUUUGCGAGAGUGACUGUGGCCAUGUGGGUCGCGUUAGUUCGGCCGCGCUGCUUCUCUUGGAGCGGGACGGAGCUCUCGGUUUGGAGAGGGAGAGGGGUCUUGGCGGCCCGAGCCAGGAGUCGGCGGCCGAGCCCUGCGGCAGGUGGAGGCGGCGACACCUCGGUGCUCGGUGCCCUUCGGGGUCGCCCCCUGUGUCGGAGUCUGCACGGUUCGCCCGCCGCCUGCGGCAGCAAGAAUUUGCUCAAGAAAUUUUCUUCGAAAACCAAAAAGAAGUUCUGGUAUGAAAGCCCUUCCCUAGGACCUUACCUUACUCGCAACCCUUCCAGCUGGGAAAGUCUAACGAAACAUACUUCAAAGAAGACCAGGAAAGAAGACAGCAUACGCAAAAGAGCCCUGGAUGGCAUUCUUUAUCAAGCAUUGUCAGAUCUGAUGUGUACCUUUGAAGUGAAUCAAGAUAUCUAUGAUCUGAAUGUGGAAUUUUCAAAGGUAUCUCUUGCUCCAGAUUUCUCCGCCUGUCGUGUAUAUUGGAAGACAUCCCUCUCUGCUGAGCAGAAUGAUCACAUAGAAGCAGUUUUACAGAAGAGCGCUUCACGUAUCAGGCAUCUUUUAAUUACUCAUCAGGUGCUAAGAAAUGUUCCUCCUAUAGUAUUUAUUCGGGACAAAGAAAGUGCAGCAAUAGCAGAGAUUAAUCGGUUACUGGAAAUUGCUGAUUUUGGACCCCCUGAUGAAAAAGAUUUGAUACAAAGUGAUUUAAGUGAACCUGAGGCUUCACUAGCCACUGAAACGUCUUAUGUGUCGGAAUCCACUGUUCAGCCAAGCCUCUUUGGAAUUGACCAUGAAGCUUUUCACAAGCAGAUAAUGGAGUACAAAAGAAGCAAAGGGAAAGAGCAUGAGAGUAUAAACAUUGGGAGAGAAGAACAAGAGCAGGAACAGCUAGCUAUGCUGAAGAAGCAAAUGAAGAAGAAAAUGAAGAAGGCAAAGCGUCCCAAGGAUGAUGACAUCACCCCUCAAGAAUAUCUUCUUGACAGAUAUUGUGACCAUCAGCCAAAUGAAGAUGAUAUAUUUUUUGAAGAACAUAAAACAGGUUAUGAACUGAAGGAAGCAUUAGAGGAAUUAGAGUUAGAGGAUAAUAGUGAUCAUAAGGAACAGAAUUCAUUAAUUACAGGUCCUAGAGAAAAUAAACUUAAGAAGUGUUAAA